AUGUUGCUUUUCUCACCAGCCAUAACAGCCUUUGUCCUCGGCGCCUGCGCCGCUGCUUAUCUGAUUCAAUGCCUCCGGUCGCCUCUCCGCAAGGUGCCGGGCCCGUGGUACUCGCUCUUCACGGGAGCGGUCCUCAAGUACAAUGAGCUGCAUGGCCGGCGGACUCGGUACAUCCACGGCCUACACCUCAAGUACGGCCCGACGGUGCGCCUGUCGCCGGGCGAGGCCUCAUUCACAGGUCUCGACGCCGUCAGGGAGAUUUACGGCUCAGGUGGCAGCGGUUACGAAAAGACCGAGUUCUACGACCUCUUCACCGUCUACGGCAGGAGGACCAUGUUCUCGACGCUGGACAGGGAAAGCCACGCCAGGAGGAAGAGGGUGCUGGCGGACCGCUACGCAAACACAAACGUGAUGAAGCAGCCCGCCCUGAGCGGCAUCUCGGAGAGGGCGAGAAGGUUCAUCGAAUUAUGCCAGGCGUCCGUCGGUGGAAGUCUCGAUAUCUACACCACCCUGCACUCUUAUGCCUUUGACUGUGUCACGCAUCAUCUUUUCCACCCGCUGUGUACCAAUUCUCUGCAAGACAAGCAGGACGGUGAUGUCAUGAGGGAGGUGACAUUUGACGACAGCCUCAAGAACCGUCUUGUAAAAUACUACAACCCUUCACUGUAUCAAAUUAUCGAACCGCUGCUGUCCUUCAUCACCACGCCUCGAGCAACCCCGCUGGCCGAUAACUUCGUCCUUGACACUAGCGCACAGACGAACGCGUCGCCUUUUACCCUCCUGGACCGCCUCCACCAGAGGAAGAACGGCGGCGACCUCGAGCAGAUUGACAUAGCGGCCGAGUGUCUCGAUCACAUGGUCGCCGGCAUCGACACCACUGGUGAUGCUCUUUGUUUUCUCAUGUAUCAGCUUUCGUUGCCAUCGUCGGCCCCUUUCCAGCGGAAGCUGCAGGCCGAGCUGGCGGCGAACCCAGAUCACCAAGAGACCCCCUUUGACAAGCUUCCAUACCUAGACGCAGUUGUCCAGGAGGGUCUAAGAUGCUUCCCGGCCAUACCGAUGUCGCUGCCGAGAUAUGUCCCAAGCGGCGGGAGGCAUGUUGAUGGAUAUUUCAUGCCACAGGGGACUAUUGUUAGUUGUCAGGCAUAUUCUGUCAAUCGAAUCAAUGCAGAUGUCUUCCCCCAUCCCGAAACCUUUAAUCCAGACCGGUGGCUGGAGGUGGAAGGCGAUGCGACACGAAGAAGAUACAUGUUCGCAUUUUCCCAUGGCGGCAGGGGAUGCGUUGGCAAACAUUUGGCACUUGCCGAAAUGAAGUUGCUCCUUCGGGAUAUCUACUCACGAUACUCGACGAUUCCCGACCCCAAGAUGACGGACGAGGCGAUGGCCAUGUCGGAUCAGAUCAUCUCAUCAAGGCCUGCAGGACAGGAGUGUCUGAUGAGGUUCAUUCCGCUUGGUGGAUAG